AAAAAAAAAAAAAAAAAAGUGCUGAGGAGUCCUAGGGAGAUGAGGCUAUUUUUGUAUGAAGCUGAUACAUCUAGCUGAGCCACAAGUACUGCUUGGAAAGGGCUUAGGUUGUUUCCAGGGGGAGAACUCUGCAGAGAAGAGGCAAAGUUCAACAGAGCCACAAAAAGCAUCUGAAAACAGCCAGGAAAAGCAAGAGCCCUCACGGAGCCCUCUACCAGAGUUCUCUGAUCCUACCAUACUUCGCCAAGUGCCACUUGACUGGGACUUACUUUUCACCUGAUUGCCUUCUCCAUCCACCAUGACUGAGAUCACUGCUGAAGGAAAUACAUCCACAACCACAACUGUGAUAGACAACAAAAAUGGAUCUGUGCCCAAGUCCCCUGGAAAGGUGCUGAAGAGGACUGUCACCGAAGACAUUGUGACAACCUUCAGCUCCCCUGCAGCCUGGCUUCUGGUCAUCGCUCUGAUAAUCACAUGGUCAGCUGUUGCUAUCGUUAUGUUUGACUUAGUGGAUUACAAAAACUUUUCAGCAAGCUCCAUUGCCAAGAUUGGCUCAGAUCCUCUAAAAUUCAUAAAUGAUGCUACAGAGGAAACAACUGACUGGAUCUAUGGCUUCUUUUCUUUGCUGUCUGACAUCAUCUCAUCUGAAGGUGAUGAAGAAGAUGAGGACACAGAUGAGGACAUUGAUAAAGGAGAAAUAGAAGAACCUCCCUUGAAAAGAAAAGAAAUGCACAAAGAAAAGGCUGAAAAGCAGGAGAAACCUGAGAAGAAAAUACAAACUAAAGUUUCACCCAGAGAAAAGGAAAAAGGAAAAGAAAAAAUAAAAGACAGAGAAAAACCCGAGAAGAAAGCAACUCAAAAGGAGAAGCUUGAGAAAAAAGAAAAAGCAGAGACAAAGACCAAAGAAGACAAGAAAGUAAAGACUAAGGAAAAGGCUGAAGAAAAGACUAAGAAGGAAAUGAAAGUUGGGAAACAGGAAAAAGGGAAGCUAGCAGCUGCAAAAGUAAAAGAAACUGCAAAAACCACACCAAAAGCCAGGGAGAGGGAUGAAAAAGAAUCCCCAGCUGUACCUGAGCAUGGACAGAAAGAUCAGUAUGCAUUCUGUCGAUAUAUGAUUGACAUGUUUGUCCAUGGGGAUUUAAAACCAGGACAGAGUCCAGCCUUGCCACCGCCGUCACCAGCAGUACCAGCUUCUAGACCUGCUACUCUGUCAACACCAGCUCCUGAAGAAAAAGAAGAGGAGACGAAGAAAGCGGAGAAGAAAGUUACUUCUGAAACAAAAAAAAGAGAAAAAGGAGAAGCCAAUAAGAAAAGUCAGAAGGAAACUGCCAUUGAUGUGAAAAGCAAAGAGCCAGUCAAAUCUCCUGAAGACAAACAAGCAACCGCUAAAGUCACAGGACAAGCAGCUAAAAAGGAUGAGAAGAAAGAAGAUUCAAAGAAAAUGAAAAAAACUCCAGAAGAACAACCCAAGGGAAAAAAACAGGAAAGGAAAGAAAAGCCCAUAGAAUCCGCAAAGUCACCAAAAAAGGAACACCCAGCUCCGAGUGAAAAACAUGGGAAAACAAAAGCUGAACGAUCCAAAGAAGAGAUUGAUGCUGCCUCAACCAAAAAGGCUAUGUACGGAAAGAAAGAAGAGAAAGCCAAGACAGUGGAGCAAGAAAUGAAAAAAGAAAAAUCUGGGAAGAGUUCUUCGGUUCUGAAAGACAAAGGGAGCUCAAGAGGAAGACUGGAACUUACCUCCAACACCAACUCUUCAGUACCUGAAACUAAAAAAGGUGAAAAGAUCUCCAAACCAGGCAAAGAUGCAAAGGCCAAAAUAAUUUAUUUCUGUUUUUCCCUACAUCCAGAGCCACAAGUUAAAAAGGAAGCAAAAGCAGAACAUGAUGAUUCCAAACCAGAGCCAAUUGUUCCUCAUGGCAAACCAGAACAAAAAGUUCUCAAGCAGGUCAAAGCUAUUACAGCAGAAAAGACAGAAAAAGCUGAACCCCAAGAAAAAGAGCGCCAGUCUAUAAAAACAGAGGGGACAUCAGAAGUCACAGACUCAGGGAAAAAGAAAAUUGAAAAAUCUGAAAAGGAAAGUAAAGUUCCCACAAGACAAGAAAAUCUUCAGAUGCACAAUGUGACUAAAGCAGAAAAACCUUCAAAAAUACCAAAAGAUUCCAAAGACUCAAUAGCUCCAAAGAGAGACAAAGAUUCCAAAGACUUGCCAGCUUCAAAGAAAGACAAAGAAGUAACUGAUGAUGUUUCUUCCACAAAGAAGCAAAAAAAUCCUAUUAGUUUCUUCCAAUGUGUCUACUUGGAUGGAUACAAUGGCUAUGGAUUUCAGUUUCCUGUCACUCCUGCCCAUCGCCCUGGAGAGAACUCUGGCAAACCAAACUCUCCAGGACAGAAGCAGCAAGGACAAUAGACACUCAUGCAUGACCCUGACAACUGCAUUAAUG